AUGUUAUGUUGGGUGUACCCUACUGGUAAAGAUGGUCCUCUCUUCAAUUAUAAGAGAACCGGUAGUUGGGGUGUCCAUCUGUGGGUGGUGUAUGGACAGCUGUUCGUUCGAUACACUCACAGAAAUUACCAUUUCACUCCACAUUUGUUUGGCGGUAUUUUGCCAAUAAACCAGUGGAGUUAUGUCGGUUCUACAUAUGACUACAAUACUGGUAUUGCAAGAUUGUGGGUGGAUGGAAGACUCACCGCUCAAUCUAGUAUUGGAAAAGUCCACCUUUCCACUCAGAACGAAGUCCGGAUGGGUGUGAAAGACGGGGAUUUGCGGUACUUCCGAGGAAGAAUUGCUGUUAUGCAACUUUAUAACGUGGCUUUAACUGCAGAGCAGAUAAAUGCAGUGAAAAAGGUUGGCUUAGGUAAUUCCUUUAAAACUUUUUCAUAGUCUACAAUUAUAGGACUUUUGUUCACUUUCAACGUUAUUUUAAAUCACUUUUCAUAAACACCCACUACUUAAGAAAAAAAAGAGAAAUGAGUCAUUUCUUUUUGUAGCUGAUGCUUGCGAUGAAUUAAAACCCUGUCAGAAUGGGGCCACGUGCAGCACAUCUGGUGAUGGCUAUACAUGCUCCUGUGUUGAGGGAUUCCAAGGAACCAACUGUGAACACGGUCAGUGUACAUGACUAAAGUUACGCAUGACCGAGCAGACAUUCCCUCCAUUGCUCUCUUCUUCUGGACAGCCCUUCCGUGAAAAAUGAUUCUAAUUUUACAUGUUUUUUUUUAUAUGAGGUAUAGAUAUUGAUGAAUGCCAAACCUCAAACCCAUGCCAAAACGGCGGACAAUGCGAGAACACACAUGGAAGCUAUAAAUGCAAAUGCAAAUCUGGAUUUACGGGAAAAAAUUGCGAAACAGGUGGGUUAUCAACUAUAGACGAAAAAUAAACCGUUGGCUGUAGGUCUUGUCGAUCUUCGACCAAAUUCAGUAAUAAUAAUAAUGAUGAUAAUAAUAACAAUAAUGAUAAUGAUAAUAAUAACAACUUUCUAUAGCGAUUAUUAUCAGUAGCUUAUGGUGCUUUACAAUAUUAAAAACGGCGGACAAUGCGAGAACACACAUGGAAGCUAUAAAUGCAAAUGCAAAUCUGGAUUUACCGGAAAAAAACUGCGAAACAGGUUGGUUAUCAACCAUAGACGAAAUAUGCGCUGUUAGUUACAGUACUUGUUAUAUGCUUUCAUUAUCCAAAUCAGUGAAUUAACACUGAAGUUGUGUUGAUCUCGGAUUUUACCCUUUCUAAAAUUGAUUGAAGAGAUAUAAUUAGUUGUGACUUUCGUAAUAUUAGUUGGUUGUGUGAAGCCGUUACGCAAAGCGAGAAAGUUCAAGACUUAAGAAUCUUACUGGCUGUGGUAAAGAUUUAUUAGCGUGAUCUCUCGAAAGUCACGUUUUUUGAAUGCAAGGGCUGUUUAAGGAAAAGCCUCCAUUUGGGGCGAAAACAUGCACGUAUAUUUGUCCGCGGACAUUAUCUAUUCCGAGAUGUGAACAGUUUUUACGAGAUCGAAGCUCAAGCAAAACUUUGAGCUUCGAGGAACAAAUAACAUCCAAGGAUACAUAUUCGAGCAUUUGUUCUCGCCAAAUGGAGGCUAUUGAGUUUAUUAUCCUUCUGCAAUACGUUUGCAACGCGUGGGUAAAAUGUUUACGAACAAUGUAGUGUUUGCUGCCCGUGGGUAGAAUGUUUAUGAACAAUUUACUGUUUGCUGUCCGUGGGUAGAAUGUUUACGAACAAUGUAAUGUUUGCUGCGCAUGGGAUGACUUUUCAGUGUUGCCUAGUACCACUUUAUGAACAAACAAAAAUGUUCCUUCUCCGGUAACAAAAGCUAAACGCGCUCUCAUCUUGAAUUAAAUUUGAAACGAACACUUUUAUCGUAGUUGAUGUGAGGUUUGAAAAUUGGGGAAUAUCACUUGAGGUACAUCGUCAGAUAUUCAGUUUUAGCUAGGGCAUAUUUUCAGUGGAUGCGUUUAGACCAAUCGCAUAUAAGCGAGAAAUAUUUGAUAGAUUAUAUACAGUGAUUUGUAGCAGCUGAUGAAAUUUUAAAGAGCCUAGGCUUGUUUUAAAAAAUUCUCUCAAACUGAACGGUACAUUCCCACAUUUUGAACAAACUUAAGGUAAAGCGAAGUUUCAGUACGUAUCGGCGAAGAGUAAAAGGUGGCAGUUUCUACGAGAAAAAUGACUCGCUGUCAUUAUGUGAUCUAUAAACCAGACUGCGUGUCUCUGAUCCUUUAUGCGUGACUAGUUAGAAGCAAAGAAAAAAAAUAAAUUAAUGUUUUUGUUCUGAUGUUUUACCUUCCAGAUGUAAGUGGACAAGUUAUUGUACCAAAUCCUGUCGCCGUCUUUCCCCUGAACAGCAAGUAUCAAACAAGGGAAAUUAAAAGUCGAGUUCCCCAGGGAAAUCCUGUUGGCGUAUCUUUAGCUAAUGGGCCUGAUGGAAAGGCCGGCAGUUCGUACGCCUUCGCGGGCAGUGCCAGAAGUUACAUCGAGUUCCCAAAUAAUGGAGCAUUGGACGUUCAGUACUCUAUAACCAUGUUAUGUUGGGUGUACCCUACGGGUAAAGAUGGUCCUCUCUUCAAUUAUAAGAGAACCGGUAGUUGGGGUGUCCAUCUGUGGGUGGUGUAUGGACAGCUGUUCGUUCGAUACACUCACAGAAAUUACCAUUUCACUCCACAUUUGUUUGGCGGUAUUUUGCCAAUAAACCAGUGGAGUUAUGUCGGUUCUACAUAUGACUACAAUACUGGUAUUGCAAGAUUGUGGGUGGAUGGAAGACUCACCGCUCAAUCUAGUAUUGGAAAAGUCCACCUUUCCACUCAGAACGAAGUCCGGAUGGGUGUGAAAGACGGGGAUUUGCGGUACUUCCGAGGAAGAAUUGCUGUUAUGCAACUUUAUAACGUGGCUUUAACUGCAGAGCAGAUAAAUGCAGUGAAAAAGGUUGGCUUAGGUAAUUCCUUUAAAACUUUUUCAUAGUCUACAAUUAUAGGACUUUUGUUCACUUUCAACGUUAUUUUAAAUCACUUUUCAUAAACACCCACUACUUAAGAAAAAAAAGAGAAAUGAGUCAUUUCUUUUUGUAGCUGAUGCUUGCGAUGAAUUAAAACCCUGUCAGAAUGGGGCCACAUGCAGCACAUCUGGUGAUGGCUAUACAUGCUCCUGUGUUGAGGGAUUCCAAGGAACCAACUGUGAACAUGGUCAGUGUACAUGACUAAAGUUACGCAUGACCGAGCAGACAUUCCCUCCAUUGCUCUCUUCUUCUGAACCGCCCUUCCGUGAAAAAUGAUUUUAAUUUUACAUUUUUUUUUUAUAUGAAGUAUAGAUAUUGAUGAAUGCCAAACCUCAAACCCAUGCCAAAACGGUGGACAAUGCGAGAACAAACAUGGAAGCUAUAAAUGCAAAUGCAAAUCUGGAUUUACCGGAAAAAACUGCGAAACAGGUUGGUUAUCAACCAUAGACGAAAUAUGCGCUGUUAGUUACAGUACUUGUUAUAUGCUUUCAUUAUCCAAAUCAGUGAAUUAACACUGAGGUAACGUGUUGAUCUCGGAUUUUACCCUUUAUAAAAUUGAUUGAAGUGAUAUAUUUAGUUGUGACUUUCGUAAUAUUAGUUGGUUGUGUGAAGCCGUUACGCAAAGCGAGAAAGUUCAAGGCUUAAGAAUCUUACUGGCUGUGGCAAAGAUUUAUUAGCGUGAUCUCUCGAAAGUCACGUUUUUUGAAUGCAAGGACUGUUUAAGGAAAAGCCUCCAUUUGGGGCGAAAACAUGCACGAAUAUUUGUCCGUGGACAUUAUCUAUUCCGAGAUGUGAACAGUUUUUACGAGAUCGAAGCUCAAGCAAAACUUUGAGCUUCGAGGAACAAAUAACAUCCAAGGAUACAUAUUCGAGCAUUUGUUCUCGCCAAAUGGAGGCUAUUGAGUUUAUUAUCCUCCUGCAAUACUUUUGCAACGCGUGGGUAAAAUGUUUACGGACAAUUUACUGUUUGCUGCCCGUGAGUAAAAUGUAAUGUUUGCUGCGCGUGGGAUGACUUUUCAGUGUUGCCUGGUACCACUUUAUGAACAAACAAAAAUGUUCCUUCUCCGGUAACAAAAGCUAAACGCGCUCUCAUCUUGAAUUAAAUUUGAAACGAACACUUUUAUCGUAGUUGAUGUGAGGUUUGAAAAUUGGAGAAUAUCACUUGAGGUACAUCGUCAGAUAUUCAGUUUUAGCUAGGGCAUAUUCUCUCACUGGAUGCGUUUAGACCAAUCGCAUAUGAGCGAAAAAUAUUUGAUAGAUUAUAAAAAGAGAUAUGCAGCAGCUGAUAAAAUUAACAAGAACCUAGGUUUGUUUUAAAAAAUUAUCUCAAACUGAGCGGUAAAGUCCCACAUUUUGAACAAACUUAAGGGAAAGCGAAGUUUCAGUACGUAUCGGUGAGGAGAAAAGAUGGCAGUUUCUACGAGAAAAAUGACUUGCUGUCAUUAUGUGAUCUAUAAACCAGACUGCGUGUCCCCGAUCCUUUAUGCGUGACUAGUUAGAAGCAAAGAAAAAAUAUAAAUUAAUGUUUUUGUUCUGAUGAUCAACAGAACCGUAAUACCAAGGUAAAUUUUUCUUGUCGGGCUCAAUGAGUUAUUGUUCAAUGAUCUUUUCGACUGUGACUCGAGUAUUUUUCAAUAGUAUAUUUUCACCUUCGGCGAAAAGUAUGAAUUGUUAGACAUACUCCGUUCUUGAAGAUUCCCGGGAGUCGACUGUUCGUUGAAAUGUGUGAUUGAGCAAAAAUUCUCCCCGUCCCUCUCUCCUCUUGGACUGCCUUAUGCGCAUAAUGAUUUCAACUUUACAUGUUUUUUUUCCUUUGGGGUAGAUAUCAAUGAAUGCCAAACCUCAAAUCCAUGCAAAAAUAGCGGACUAUGCGAAAACACACAUGGAAGCUAUGAAUGCAAAUGCACGCUUGGAUUUACAGGAAGAAAUUGCGAAACAGGUGGGUUAUUGAUCAUAGACAUUACCUGAGUUUUUGCCGGGUUACAUUAUUUGUCAUAUGCCUACGUACUUUAAAUCAGUGAAUUAAUAGGUAACGUGUUGAUCUUAUCAUAGAAAAUUUCGACAGUACAGUUUUAAAAAUCGAUUCGAGUGACAUUCGAACCGGUGACCUUCGAUUAUCAAUUGAUUGCAUGAAUCUAUAAUUAAUUGCAUGAACAUUGGUGCCAUCUCAAGGAAGAAAUAUUUCUGGGGUUUAAAGUUAAUCCCGUGAUAUGGCAUGGUUGGUAGGAUCUGCAAUCACCCAAGCCUGUUCUUUUCCAUUUUUAAUUUCAAAGAACUGAACAGUAAACUCUCAAGUUGUGAGCAAGGUCAAAUAAUUUUAGGCUCUAAUUUUGCUGUUCGAGAACUGCAAAGAAAAAAAAAGGAUGUGAAAUAUUAGAUGUAUGACAGAAAAAAUAAAUGCUGGCCUGGGAAACAAGAUAUCAAGUUAGGACACGUGCAAACUUACUUUGAGGGGGAAUAACAGUCAGUAAAUGUGACUAAAACUACGCAUGACUAGGAAGAAAAUUUUUCCCCGCGCUCUCCCCUCUUAAAAGGUUUUUUUUUAUUUGGGGCAGAUAUUGAUGAAUGCCAGACCUCAAACCCAUGCCAAAAUGGCGGACAGUGCGAGAACACACAUGGAAGCUAUGAAUGCAAAUGCAAACCUGGAUUUACGGGAAAAAAUUGCGAAACAGGUGGGUUAUCAACUAUAGACGAAAAAUAAACCGUUGGCUGUAGGUCUUGUCGAUCUUCGACCAAAUUCAGUAAUAAUAAUAAUGAUGAUAAUAAUAACAAUAAUGAUAAUGAGAAUAAUAACAACUUUCUAUAGCGAUUAUUAUCAGUAGCUUAUGGUGCUUAACAAUAUUAUGGAAAACAAAAAUUAAAGAAAUUGGAGCAGGAAGAAAUUGAACGAUUCCAUUUUAUAACAACUCAGGAUUUUGAAAUAUACGAUAAAUACUUUAAUAAUAGUAUACAACUGCAAAACAACUAAGGUAAAGAUUUUUGAUAGGUGUUCUACAAAAACGAUGAAUUUCUAUUAACAAGAUACCUACGAAUAUGCGUGAUAAUGAUUUAAAUAAGUAAAUCAGUGAGUAAAUUGUUGACCGUAUCAUACAACCCCUAGAUUGAACUAUUUUAAAUCGAUUCAAGUUAUUUUCCAACUUGAGACUUUUGAGAUAUCACAUGGGUGCAUUGCGAAACUCUUGCCCAGAUAAAGCGAGAAAAGCCCCUGGGAAAGAGCCCUUCUAAUAUUCAAGAAUGUCCUUGGUUGUGGAAAAAAAAGAUUAAUCAGUCUUACCUCUAGGAAGAAACAUUUCUUAAAUUUGAGACUAAUGCCGUUAUAUUUAUUAGUUGAUAAGAUCUGCAGCCACUUAUGUCUGUUUUAACUUCUAAUUUUUAACUCGUGACACGCAAGUCUGUGAGUGCAAAACUCUGAAGAACCUUGCAAAGUUAUUGUGACGUAAGGAUGCGUGGCCUGCAGACCACAUAAUGUAGUCUAGAUAAGGCGCAACGACGUCAUUCUCCAGGUUACCAUUUUGGCAUCCCACGUAAAGGUUUUAAAAUUUACUUGCUGCAUUGCCGCAGUGUCGCCUCUAUACUUUCAAAAUAUCUUUUAUGAUUGUAAUAAUAUUCUGAAGCAUUGGAAGCUUUUAAAUGUCCUCCGUCGAUCCCUUCGCUAACUGAUGCGACAUUUCGCGUAAUUCUAAAAGAAACAUAAAUAUUUUGCAAUCUAAAAAACACUCACAGCAGUAAUUGAGUAAAGUUAACGGCAAUCAAGAAUACUAACAGAUUGGGUCACUGAAAUCUAACAGAUAUCGACGAAUGUUUGGAUGCGAAGGUGCCGUGUGCUAAUGGAGGAAUAUGUAUCGACGGAAUCAACAGCUACAAGUGCGACUGUGCGGAUGGAUACGUUGGAAAAUAUUGCGGUGAGAAGACAGUAGCCCUAUUAUACAUAAAAGUUAGGUACACGAGUUAAAUAUAGUAAACCAAAAACUUUAAAAAACGAAAAACAAAAAUUCUGCGUCAAAGACACAAGAAUGGAAUCUUUAAAAAUAAGCCAUCAUGGUGAUUAGAAUGAUUUAUAGCAACUAUUGCGGACAAACUUGAAAACGUCGGCCAGACAUUUUCAAGAUACUUAAGCUUGUUUCGAAGGAAAACAGAAAAACAGGAUAUUGUGAGAAGUUCCAUGGGGAAAAGAUUUAAGAUGACGCUUGGUACCUUUUAAAUGUGCUGUAAAAGUUUACCCUGACCCCGAGCCAGUUCUACGGAAGAGCCUAAUUUAUCGCACAGUAAAAAGAGCAAUUGUUAGCUAGGAUUCAUUGAUUCGGUAACUUCAACAGACCAGUGAAGAAAUAGUUACCACUUGUCAUCACUUUAAGUCAAAAUCUAAUGAUUGUGUCGUUUUAAUAACUGACAUACAUUGGAUGCGAAUUCAUAAAUUUUACCGGGUUUUUUUCCUCCUCAGUAAUUCUUUACCUCGUCUACCGAAAUCUAAAGUAAAUUAAAUACUUCAAGGUUAGAAGCUGGACUUCAUAACUUAUAUGACCUAAACACAUAUUACUUGGCCUCCAAGGAAAUUGUGUCUCUUCUAACUUCGCUGAUAAUGUUCAAUUUGUUUUAUUAAGAAUGGGAAAAGCAGGGAUGUUUUAAGGAGGUGAAAAAGAAAAGUAAAAAGGCCAUGAGAACCACAUUUGCAAAAUUCAAAAAGUACAAGAACAAUAUCCAAGGUGCGGUCGAGGCUUGUAUGAAAGCAGCUGAGGACAAAAAACUGGAGAUUUUUGGGAUUCGUGGGAGAUACAAGUGUGUGACAACCAAAGGCAAUGCUGAUUACAAGGUGCAUGGUGCAUCACCCAAAGGGUGCAAAGCGGACGGAGAUUACGCAGUUGGAGUAAAGAGCGCAAACUAUGUCUACAUUUUAACCAAAUAGCUGUAACAUGGAACUCGAUAAAACCUGGUGAGUUUAAUGCUGCUAUCUAGGAAAGCUUCUGUGUUAAAGUCAGAUGUAAACAAAAUGAAAAACUCAUCACGAGGAACUGAGUGAGGUGCGCAGAAAACAUCCUAACGUAACUCGAAAUGGUUUCGCUUCUCUAAACGUCAACAUAAGCGGAUCGAUACUUCCAUGCCCUCUCGCAUGUUCCUUUGCAACUUGUAUCAAAAAAAGAAGUCCAAAUUAUUUUUUAAGAAGUUAUUAUCAUUUUUUGACAUAAGAGGUCACCAUAGCAGUAAUCUCACUGUUCUACUUAAACACCCUUAUCUUUUGGCUUUAUCUUCAAAAAAACGGGUUCCGUAACCCCAUUUUAAAUUACUGACCUGCAGUAAGCAUGCCAACAUUCACUUCUCUGCAAAACUUGCACAAAUGGUUUAUACAGCACAAAGCAACCUUACUUUUAAUGAUUCUUAAUAAUUUGAUGAAAGUUUUUUGGGCAAGUACAUGCAUAAGAAAUUAUGGCAGUAUCGAUCCAGCAAAGAAAUGAUGGAUAAAAAAACAAGAAACCGUUGUGAGUCACAUGCAUUCAAAGAAUUAUUUAGGACCUUUAGCGGGAAACAAAGUCUAAUCGCUCUGACGAAGGGCUAACGCUCGAAACGUCAGCUUUUUUACCCUUUACGGUGGCUAAUUUACGUUUUCAACUCAGUUUUUAACACUAAAUUACCUGCUAUACUCUCCCACCAACGCAGCACCACAGUUUCUGAGCUGAACACGAGCUAAAUAUUCCAAACCUGAGAAACUUAUUUCACUUUCCAUGGCAUUAUUUGACUUAGGAUGUUGCUGCUCGCAUCGCAUUUUUACCAAAAAUUUGUAAGGUCUCCUGGAAGUUUUCCGGUCGGCUUCAUUUAUACUCCUGGAAGGUGAGAUAAGCGUCUUUAAGAUAGCUAGUUCUAUUCCUUGCGUUGACAUUCAGUUGUUUGUUUUCAUUUUUUACAGGCGUAUCUGUUGGUAAGAUGUCGUUUGAUCAGUUUGAGGAACAUGAAAGCAAAGUAACUGGAACUAGAGGAAUGUCUCUGCUAAACAUGAUAUUCAGUCCUAUUCAUAUACUGAUAGCCAU